AUGGAGACCAACCAGGACACGUCCCUCUUCUUGAUGAAGAUCUUGGAGGAACUGGACAGCAAGCAAAACACGGUUUCCUACCAGGAUCUGUGCAAGUCCCUGUGUGCCCGCUUCGACCUCUCGCAGCUCGCCAAACUGAGAAGCGUGCUCUUCUACACGGCCUGUCUCGACCCCAACUUCCCAGCCACGCUGUUCAAAGACAAGAUGAAAUGCACCGUCAACAACCAGCAGUCCAAGAAGAUUAUGGUGGCAGCAGACAUCGUGACAAUAUUUAACCUGAUCCAAAUGAAUGGAGGCGCCGCCAAGGAGAAGCUGCCCAGUGGCCGGCAGAAGGUGCGCAAGAAGGAGACAUCCUUCGAGUCGUGCAGGUCGGACACGGAGGUCUGCGCUGCGGCCGAGUGUGAGCCCCUGAACUGUGAGCUGAGCGAGACCUUCCACCGGGGCUACCCCGCCCGGCGAUCGUCCCAGGGCCGCAAAGUGGACCGCAAGGACUGCCCACAGUUCCUGCCCGCCUCCGAGCCCAACUUCCUGCUGGGCGUCAGCAAGGAGCUGAAGAGCCGUGCGGCCUCCCUGGACCGGCUGCAGGCCCUGGCCCCCUACUCCGUCGCCAGCCCCCAGCCCUGUGAGAUGCAGAGGACCUACUUCCCCAUGAACAUUGAGAACGAGUCCAUUUCAGAUCAGGACUCCCUGCCCAUCGGCCAAGGCAUCAAGGAGACCUUCAUUGCCAACGAGGAGCCAUUUGUGGUCCAGUCCUGUGUCCAGAAAAGGAAUAUCUUUAAAGAGGAUUUUCACAACCUGAUGACUGUGUCCCCCACAUUGGUUGGCCCUGCUAACAAGGCUGAGGCUGAGCGCGGGGAGCCCCAGCGUCAGAAGGAGUCCCACAAGACUCCCUUCUUCAACCACAGCUUUGAAAUGCCCUACAACAGCCAGUACCUGAAUCCCGUCUACUCGCCGGUGCCUGACAAGAGGCGAGCAAAGCAUGAAAGCUUGGAUGACCUUCAAGCCUCCACGUAUUUUGGGCCCACGCCAGUGAUGGGGCCCCAGGAAGCCAGGCGCUGUCCCGGGAGGCCGGGCAAGCAGACCCCCUGGCCGGUCAAAAGCUGGAGCCUGAAUACUGAAGAAGUCCCUGACUUUGAACGAUCCUUUUUCAAUAGAAAUCCUUCUGAGGAGAAGCUGCGCUACCCGAAUUCCAGCAGCCAGAGCCCCAACUUCCCAACCCCAGACAGGCGCCCCACUUACCUGGCGCCAAAGGACCCACAGCAGCCGAUCCUGCCCGUUGGCUACGUGGCAAAACCAAAUGGGCUCAAAUCUAAAGAGAUGUCGUCACCCGUCGAUCUAGAGAAGCAUGAGCCGGUCAAGAAGUUCAAAGAGAAGAGCGUCAGCUGCACCAGCGGGCAACUCAGCUCUGACACCAGCAGCGUGGGCACCCAGACAGAGCAGCACGUGCUGGAGCCCCAGAAGGGCAAAGACCUGUGCACCUCGGGGCAGAGCAAGUACGCCGACAGGCACACCAGAAAGCUGUCAGACGAUGACUCGGAAAUCAUCAGCGAUGACAUUAGUGACAUUUUCCGAUUUCUGGAUGACAUGAGUAUCAGCGGCUCCACAGGGGUGAUGCAGUCUUCCUGCUACAACAGCACAGGGUCCUUAUCUCAGGUCCAUAAGUCGGAUGGUGACAGUUCCCCCGAGCGCCACCUGACCAAAAUUGCCAAUGGGCUCUCCAGCAGCAAAGGGGAGAAGGGCAACCGGCCAGAAAACAGCCACCCCUCGGAAGAGGAGCUGAAGACCAGUGUGUGCAGGCUGGUGCUCAGGAUCGGCGAGAUCGAACGGAAGCUUGAGUCGCUGUCGGGAGUCCGCGAGGAAAUCUCCCAGGUUCUGGGCAAGCUAAAUAAGCUGGAUCAGAAAAUGCAGCAGCCCGAGAAGGUGAGCGUGCAGAUCGACCUGAAUUCCCUGACGAGCGAGGCGCCCUCCGAUGACAGUGCCUCUCCGCGGUUGUUCCGCGCACACAGCGGCCCCCGGGGCCCCAAGCUGGAGAAUGCAGCCGACUGGUACUGCUCAGAUGCCAGCGGGAGCAACAGCGAGAGCCUUCGCGUCAAGGCCCUGAAGAAGAGCCUCUUCCCCAGGCCGUCCUCCAGGUCCCUGACCGAGGAGAACAGCGCCACGGAAUCCAAGAUCGCCAGCACCUCCAACUCGCCCAGAGACUGGCGCACCAUCACCUACGCCAGCCGUGCGGGCCUCGGUGAGGAGGACGGCAAGGACAGAGGCCCUGGGGAGAGUAAGGACUGGCAUCGCAAGUCUAAAGAGGCAGACAGACAGUACGAUCCCCCCCAGCACCGACUGCCCAAGCAGCCCAAAGACAGCUUCCUGGUGGAGCAGGUGUUCAGCCCGCACCCCUACCCGGCAUCCCUCAAAGCCCACAUGAAGAACAACCCUCUGUACACGGACAUGCGGCUGACGGAGCUGGCCGAGGUGAAGCGGGGCCAGCCCUCCUGGACCAUCGAGGAGUACACGAGGAACGCGGGCGACAAGGGCAAGCUGACCGCCCUGGACCUGCAGACGCAAGAAUCUUUAAACCCUAACAACUUAGAAUAUUGGAUGGAAGAUAUUUAUACUCCAGGCUACGACUCAUUGCUUAAACGUAAGGAAGCCGAGUUCAGACGAGCCAAGGUCUGCAAGAUCGCCGCUCUGAUUGCUGCUGCCACGUGCACAGUCAUCCUGGUGAUUGUGGUGCCCAUCUGCACAAUGAAAUCAUGA